AUGGAGAGCAAUAAGCAGCAUUUUCGUCAUAUUUUACUUUUUUACUUCAGAAAAGAUGCACCACGGUCUGGAAGGCCGGUCGAAGCUGACAAAGAUGCGAUAAAGGCAUUAGUUGAUGCAAAUCGGCGAAUAACCACACGAGAGAUCGGUGAGAGGUUAAAUUUGUCGAAUUCGACUGUUUAUGGCCACUUGAAAGGCCUCGGCUUAACCUCAAAGCUCGAUGUGUGGGUGCUCCAUGUUCUUACGGAGCGAAAUUUGUGUCGUCGCGUUGACGUGUGUGAUUCGCUCCUCAAACGUCAGAAAAAUGAUCCAUUUUUGAAGCGGAUUAUUACUGGGGACGAAACAUGGGUCGUAUACAACAAUGUGAAACGCAAGAGGUCAUGGAGCAGAAAAGAUGAACCGGCUCAAAGCGUUUCAAAAGCCAACAUUCACCCAAAAAAG